ACCUGGAGUCCUAGCCCAGCUCCAGGUUUUUGCCACCGGCCCUUGUGAUCUGGCGAAGAAUUGAGUAACAAGGGCUCAUGGCUGGAGACAGGAGCCGAGAGCAGACGGCGGAGCUGGCAGAGGUCUCAGGAGAGUGGUGGAGUCGGAGGUGGGGACCGUACAUGGGCCGUGGCCAGGGUGUCACUCACACCUGAGGUCCUUUCUCCCCAAGCUUCCACCUGCCCCAGUGUCUCCCAAAUCUUCACCCUGAGCCUGGCUUCAGUCCUACCCACAGCAGCACAACUCGUGAAGCCAUAAGAGACAGAAAGAAAGAGACGGAGAGAGAGAGGGACACCUGGCCAGGCGGACAGGAGGGAAGGAUGACUGAGAAAGACCGACAGGGAGAGAGAAGCAGGGGGAAAGGGCACAGAGAAUGAGAGUCAAAACGGAGGGUGAGAGACAGAGACCCAGAGGGAGAGAGACUGAAUGAGACGGAGACCAAAAAAAAAAAAAAAGACAAAAAGAGUCAGAGGCAGAAGCAAAGAGAGACCCUUUGUACAGAAUUUCAGAGACAAGCCUGGGAGACAGAAGAUGGUAAGAAGACUUGUGAAAAAGGGCCCCCAGAGAAGGAGAAAACCGACCCCCCCCCCAGGACAGAGAUCCUCCACCAUCCCUGCCCCUUCACUUUGCCAGAGUCCCGAAACCCCAAAGCAGACUUCAAACCAGACCCAAAGGUCCCGCGUGGCAAAAACGUGGAGAAGACCUCACCCCAACCUGGGGCGAAAGGCCACCACUGGCCCCAGUGAGAAGAGCUGAGGUCAGCCUAGUGGAGCAGGAAGGAGGGCUCCGAGGCAGCACAUACCCAUGGCAUCGAUCCAUCUGGCUCAGAACUCUAGCCCCGCGCGAGGCGAGACAGGACACGAUGGGAGGAACUAAAAAUCCCUGGGAGAACUAAGGAGAAGGGGGCAAGGAGGCGUGGACAGAGAGGAUUUAAAAGCAGCCCCUGCCCACUAGGCACACUCAGAGUUCCCCGGCUCCCAUCUGGAAAGAGGCUCUGCCAGUCCACCCAGUCCCUCCAGGGCACACCUCUGCUGCCUCUGAAGCCCAGCGGAGGCCUCCAGCUGACUCCGCCAUGGACAGUAUAAGCACAGCUCUCUUGCUCCUGAUCCUGGCUCUCCUCUGCCUCCUCCUGAACAACCUGACCAGCAGCAAGAGCCGGCUGCCCCCAGGCCCCAGACCCCUGCCCUUCCUGGGAAACCUGCUGCAGCUUCGCUCCUCCAAGGACCUGCUGACCUCCCUCACCAAGCUGAGCAAGGAGUUCGGCCCCGUGUACACCGUGUACCUGGGGCCCAGGCGGGUGGUGGUCCUCAGCGGGUACCAAGCUGUGAAGGAGGCCCUCGUGGACCAAGGGGAGGAGUUUAGUGGCCGCGGCGACUACCCUGUCUUUUUCAACUUCACGAAGGGCGAUGGCAUUGCCUUCUCCAAUGGGGACCGGUGGAAGGCCCUGAGGAAGUUCUCUCUCCAAAUCCUGCGCAACUUUGGGAUGGGGAAGAGGACCAUGGAGGAUCGGAUCCUGGAGGAGGGCAGAUUCCUGCUGGCGGAGCUUCGGAACACUGAAGGCAAGCCCUUCGACCCCACGAUUUUGCUGAGCCGCUCCGUGUCCAAUAUUAUCUGCUCUGUGCUCUUCGGCAGCCGCUUUGACUACGAGGAUGAGCGCCUGCUCAACAUUGUCCAGCUCAUAAAUGACAACUUCCAAAUUAUGAGCAGCUUCUGGGGAGAGAUGUACAAUAUCUUUCCGAACCUCCUGGACUGGGUGCCCGGUCCACAUCGACGUCUUUUCCAGAACUUUGACCGCAUGAAAAACCUUAUCGCUCUCAGCGUCCGUGACCACCAAGCCUCCCACGACCCAAAGUCUCCCCGGGACUUCAUUGAUUGCUUCCUUACCAAGAUAGCAGAAGAGAAGCAGGACCCUCUGAGCCACUUCCACAUGGAUACUCUGCUGAUGACCACACAUAAUCUGCUCUUUGGUGGUACCGAGACCGUGGGCACCACGCUGCGCCACACCUUCCUCCUGCUCAUGAAGUACCCAAAAGUGCAAGCCCGCGUACAGGAGGAGAUCGACAAUGUGGUGGGACGCGCGCGGCUGCCGGUGCUGGAAGACCGGACGGCCAUGCCUUAUACGGAUGCGGUGAUCCACGAGGCGCAGCGCUUCGCAGACAUCAUCCCCAUGAACCUGCCACACCGCCUCAUUCGGGACACGGUCUUUCGAGGCUUCCUGCUACCCAAGGGCACGGAUGUCAUCACCCUCCUUAAUACAGUCCACAACGACCCCAGCCAAUUUCUGACGCCGCGGGAAUUCAACCCUGAGCAUUUUCUGGAUGCCAAUCAGUCCUUCAAGAAGAGCCCUGCCUUCAUGCCCUUCUCAGCCGGACGCCGGUUGUGCCUGGGCGAGUCGCUGGCGCGCAUGGAGCUCUUUCUCUACCUAACCGCCAUCCUGCAGAGCUUCUCGCUGCAGCCGCUGGGGGCGCCCGAGGACAUCGAUCUGACCCCAAUCAGCACCGGUCUCGGCAACGUGCCGCGGCCGUUCCAGCUGUACCUGCGCGCACGCUGACGCCGCAUCCCUUCCAGACCCGCCUCUGAGCAAUGAGACCCUCCCAGAGAGGAUGCUCCGUCCGUCUUCUUGUUCCACUGCGCCCCAGCUCUCUCGUUGUCACACUCGCCUCCCUUCAGCUCAUGCCUGCCUGCCGCAUGCACAUCCCCCACUCCUACUAUCUUUACCAGGUCGGCUUCCCCAGAAGCAGGCAAAGCUAUGGGCAAGGGGAAGCGCAACCCGGGCUUCAUCCAACUUGUUCUAUUGCGCACCUUUGGGGGAGCUUCUUAUAGCAUUUCCUAAUAAAUGAUCAUCUAUCCUUAUAAGAUUCAAGCCUGCCUUGGCUGAAUUAAAGGGAGGGGGACAGUCCCGUAGGAUGGGGAGAAAGAUGGUCUGGCUGCAGACUGGGGAGACACCUGCUGGUGACAAGUUCCACCUUCAUCCUUAGGAAGGCUGAAAAUGGGGAGAAAUUGUUUCCUGGAGACAGACUGGGAGGUAAAGGCUGUGAGGGCCUGCGUGAAGACAGAGGCGGAGAAGCCAAGGCCAAGGAAAAAGUCAGCAGCCCAGAGAGAUCUAGAACAGGUCUCCAAGAGAUGCAGGGCACUGUACAAAGACGGAGAUGUAAGCAGACAGAAAGUGAGAGACCCAGAGGAAUACAGACACCUCGGCUAAGAAAUCGCCGUUACUAAGUCUUACACAGUCCUUCCUAUUCACACACUUUCUAAAUGCCUCAUUUAAGUCUCCCUACGAGACAAAGCCAUAUUAUUAUACACUUUUCACAGAGGAGCAAACUGAGGCUCCAAGAGGUGAAGUGACUUGUCCAAGAUCACACAGCCAGAAAUGGGCAGAGCUGGAUUUGGAACACAGAUCAUCUGGCUCCAACACUGCUCUUUGCAAUCUCACGACACAGAAAUACAGAGGAAAGCAAAGAGCUACAGAAACUGAAAAGCGGGGAGGCAAAGAGUAGAGGCAAGGAAAGAAAUAAAAAUGACUAGAGAGGAGUUCCUGUUGUGGCUCAGCAGGUUAAGAACCUAAUAUCCACGAGGAUUAGGUUUCGAUCCCUGGCCUCACUCAGUGGGUUAAGGAUCUGGGGUUGCCAUGAGCUUCGACCGUAGGUCGAAGAUGUGACUGGGAUCCUGCAUUGUUCUGCCUGUGGCCUAGGCUGGCAGCUGCAGCUCCGAUUCGACCCCUAGCCUGGGAACUUCCAUAGGCUGCAGGUGCGGCCCUAAAAAAAGAAAGAAAAAAAAAUGACUUGAGAAAGGCAGGAAGGGCAAUGAAUGAGGAAAUGAGGCACCGGAAGACUGAAACUCUCCCUCAUUUCUCACCCCUCUCACUGGACUGUUUCUUUGUCUUGCAAUUCCUCUCUUUGGGGUGGGGAGAGCCAUCCCAGGCAUGGAGCCUCCCAACCCGGGACUGGACUUGACAAACUGAUAUCCUGCUGACAGUGGCUUUUCUCAAGGAGCAGGCAUCUCAAGCUUCAUAGAUCUGGAAUCAGACAGAAUGACGCUGGCCCCCUAGCCAUGGGCGGAGGGGCCCUGAGCCUACACUGAAUCGAGUCUCCCCAAGGCCAUCCAGAAGCUGGGACAGGCUCUGCUUAGUACAGGGCCAGCUGGAGGGAGGCUUACAGGCGGUCCCCACAUGGGGCAGCAGCUCCCUAAUCCCAUGCUGUUCCUACUGCAGUCCAGGCACAGAGUCUGCCCCAGGGCCCAGGCAGGGAUGCAGAGGUGGCAGGGGGAAAGGAGGUCCUGGGAAAGAAAGACAGAGGGACAGCGAAGAGAAACACAUAGCAAAGAAAAAGAGACAGAGGAGUUCCCUGGUGGCUCAGAGGUUUAAGGAUCUGGCACUGACACUGCUGUGGCUCAGUUCGCUGCUGUGUGAGUAUUCAAUCCCUGGCCCAGGAACUUCCACAUGCCAUGGGUGCAGGCAAAAAAAGAAAAAAGAAAAAGAGAGAGAGAGACAGACAGACAGACAGAGAUGGAGAAAGACAGUAGAGACAGAUAUACAUACAUACAGCAGAGAGAGAUCCUGAAACCAAAGACUGGGAGUGAGAGAGAGGGAAAAAGAGAGAGAGGAGGAGGAGAAAGGGAGGAACUGGGAAAAGGUGAAAGACAGAGAUGUCCAAAGAGAAGGCAGACAAGGAGAUGCUAAAGCCAGAGACAAAUUAAGAGAGGCACAGAUAUGAAGAGACUGAGAUCUGAGCAGGGAAAAAAGAGAACUAGAGAGACAGAAACCUCAAAAGAUGAAAGAGAGACAAGAAAGGAGGCGGUCACAAGGAUUCAGCAAAAGACUGAGACUGGGAGCUCCCAUUGUGGCUCAGCGGUAAUGAACUCGACUAGUAACCAUGAGGACGAGGGUUCGAUCCCUGACCUCACUCAGUGGGUUAAGGAUCCGGCAUUGCCAUGAGCUGCAGUGUAGG